AUGACUCAUAGCAAAAAAUCAAAUGAAAAAGAGCAAGCAGGUUUGCAUAGAAAUUCAUGCAAACAAACACCUGCUUUUGAGAAAGAUCAAGAAACUUUGUCAACUAACCUAUCAAUAAAUGAUGUUAACAUAGGAACAUGGAACUCAACAAUGAUUAUUUUGAUGAUACCUUUAGAGACUCUGAAAAAGAUUAUGAUUCAAUUUCUACCAAAGUUUCAACAACCUCACGAGGAUCUGUGUUAUCAAUAA